AGCCAAGACUGCGUGCUGUGAGCUGGUUCUGUUUAAGAAACAUGUGCUGCUCAGAAAGUGUGAUCAAGUGUUUCACAUCUUCUUUCAGGUAAAACUACAAACACGAUGCAGCCGCCUCAGGAGCCUUGUCCCUCCAUGACAGAACCUCCAGCCGAGAACUCGAGAGUCCACCAGAGUCCCGAUGAAGCAGCUCUCUGCUGGAGCACAGACCUAGGUCACCUUCCAGAGGACGACGAGCAGGAGGAACAUGAUCCAGAUCCACCUCAGGACCAGCCAGAGGUCCAGGAAGUAAAGCAGGGUGCAGCAGCUGAUGACCAAGAGGCGGGAGGCCAGGAGCGGAAGGAGGACAGAGCUUUGCCUCCAGACCCAGAUUCCAACCUAAUGAUGGGGGUAGCCAAUCAGGACGAAGCCGGGGAGUCAGGCGGUAGCGUGCCGUCGCCGGUCGUCACUGAGACAGAGCAGAGAAACACAGAGAUGGCGGCUCGAGGCCGCCGGCCUGACGGAUGUUUUAAACCUGGGACUGCGGUCGAAGAAGCAUCGCUGCAGAAAGUGGGCGGACCCUCAGACCCGCCGACCUUCGCGGCGGUGAGCGCGAGCAGGCCGACCUCCAGCGGCGACGGAGGAGACGUGACCUGCUGCGACCUGCUGUCUCUGAGGAGCGACUCGGUAUCUUUGGCCAGCGAGUCCAACGUGUUCAGGAGGGUGAGUGAAAGAUGAAGAGCCGGGGCGUUCACGCAGACUUUUGUUUCCGAAGCGGGAAAUCGGAAAUGCCGAGCAGCUGUUGGGAUUGGUUUACACCAGCCCGACAGCUGCACCUGUACCAGCUCUGCUGGGUGUUUGUGAGUCUGACAAUAAUGAACUGUUACACAAAUCUGGGUCUGUGCACACAGAAACUCACAUUAUGUGACAUCACUCCUCGCUCCGAACACGGAACGCCAAAAUAAAAGCACAAAGAAAUAGGAAAUAUUUGCUGUAAAUAGUUCACAGCAACAUGUGUUGCUUCAGACCGAGGUGAUUUCUGUGGCAUAAAGAAGAAUCACGCUUCCAUGAUUAACUUAUUUGUUUGUCCAUCAUGGACUGAGCACAGAAACGCUGAGCUCUGUGGGCAGGUACACAUCAGGUAUAACAUCCAUAUGCAUAUCCAGGAUGCCUGCAAAUCCAGCCCAUAGUGUCCACAACCAGAGAGCUAGCUUCUUACAGUGCAGUUUGUUCCACGAUGAGGACACAGGGGAGGGUCUGCAUGUUAACACGUUUGGGCCAAAGUGCAGCUUCUUCCUGUAACGAUGGAGCUGCAGCUAAAGUGAUGUCAGCGGUUCAGAGUGCAGGUACGCCCUAGGUGACAUCACAUGGUCACUGUUUGUUCAGAACAAACCUUCAGCAAGAGUCAGACAACACUGCAGUAAAUGUUUGAAUUUUUGAAUGGAGUCUGGUGUGUGGCUGAGGUUCUCGUCACAUUGUACCCAGACUGUGAUGUCAACAGAACCAAAACUAAACCGUGAGUGAAACAGGAAGACCCGCCCACUUCUCCCCUCCACGUUUAUCACGGUGGUAAUAAAGUGUAACGCACUGAUAGAAACUAUUGUGUUUAAUUACCCUUAAUUGGGUUUAUCAUUUAUUAAUGAGUGUUGUGAAGUUCGUUGACCUUAAACUAAAGGAUGAGGUUGAAUGAGGAGAAACAGGAAGUGCUCAGGUGAAGUCAGGUGAGCUCAGCCUGAGUGAGGCUCCGUCUACGUUUUCAUUCAGGAUUUUUAAUGCGAUCAAAUCUGUUUCACCUUUGUCAUCCCAUGUUUUAGAUCUGAGUAAUCACACGUGUUUGCGCCCUCUCGUUCAGCCUCUCGCGCUUACAUUCGGAUGCCGGCGAGGAAAAGCUGACCCCAUCUUGUCAUGAUGAACCUAGUGGACUGAACGGACUCCCGCCCUCUGCAGAGGUAUCAUCACGCUGGCGGCAGGCUCCACAUCCCCCCUGCCGAACGAAGCCACGGCGUAAUCAUAAUUCUCUUGACCUCCGAUGACCCCUGCGAGGCUCUGACAACGAGGGCCACGCGACACAACAGACGGCGCCGCCCGCUCCAAAAUGGCCUUUUCAUUUCUCGAACAAUCACACUGCGGCAGCGCUGAAUGAGAGGGCAGAUUACAUAAGGCGGGGGUUCCCGGGGUGAGAUGAGAGCUUUUUCUCCAAUACGCCGCAGUCGUUAUCGCUCUCAUUAAAUUCCUCCUCUGACUCGGAGCCUGCUUUGAAUCCAUCCACCG